UGUGCAGUAUCGACUUUGGAAGAAGCGUUGUAUCUUGGGAGACAGACGUCCAUAAUCCCGUUUGCACUUUAUUGGAGGGCGAAAUCUGUCUUAAGGAGAUUUGCUUAUCUUAUUGGCAUACCUCGCUUCAUUUACUUUUUUCUAUUUUCUGCUUAUUUUAUUUGUUCUUUUGAUUGUGUUAGUCGAAUUUCCGACAACAUGAACCCUUGGAAGAGAAGGUAUCCCUAUUUUUGCAUUCACUUAUAUAAACAAGAAGACUAAUUUGUUUCACGGACUGAAACCUGGCAGAACAUACUAAAUUUCCAUCAGAGGAUUUCAUGUGAUAAAGCAGGAUAGUUUAAUCUGAUUUGCCUUCAGAAGAAAGUUCUAGUUUUGUAGUAAUUUGAGUAUGAAACCUGGACUUUUUAGGAUUUGUUCAUGUACUGACGUGUUAUAUGUUUCGUUUCUUUCAUCAUUAUUGUAGACUUGUAGUGACUAUUCUUUCAAAAAUCAUGCAAAGCGAUCAUUUUAAAAUGGUGGAUUUUUAUGAACUUCAGUUUCCUUCAUUUAUUCUAAUAAGAUUGAGUAGGUCUGACAGUUUUCAAUAGCAAUAUCUGAAUAGGUUUUGAUGCAAUGUAGAUGGGUGGCAUGAAAAGGUCAUAUCCCUUCUCUCUAGAAAGUCCAACAGCCCCUUCUUGUCAUUACAAAUCUCAACCUACGUAUUAUACUUCAAUAUCCCGGUCAGAUGAAUCAGCUUCAUGUAGCAAUGGAUGCACAAAUCAUCUCGAACCAUGCAAUAAAUAUAUCAGAGAUGACCCUCCAAACACAAGUCCCCUGCCCGAGCAAAAUGCUAGCGGUGUAAUCAGAGAAAACAAAGAACUGAUUGGCGACUUUCUCACAUUGGCUCCUCCUGCCCCUGCUACCCAGCCUUUGCACUUAAAAAGCAAGCAUCCUCCGGCAUAUUCAGGCUACCAGGACGAGGAAUUAAUUGGGUCUGGGUGUCCGUCCAGUCAGGAAUUCACCAAAGACGUGAUCCAAAGGCCAGGACCAAGUCAAUCAAUAGAACAACCUCCUUUUAGCUUCUUCCCUACUAAGAUGCAAAUUGACCAGGCAACAAUCAAUGCCAGGGAUGGCAUUGGUAAAAUAACAGAACCAGUUGAUCUCAGUCUAAAAUUAUAGAGAUUUGCUCACAUCUUUCUGACUUUUCAAAUGGAUCUUUAAAUCCCCAAUGCUUCGGUGGAUUUUGUCGAAGAGUUUUGCCAUAUAAUCGAAAUGGGUUCCCAACUUAAUAGGAACUUUGUCUAGCUGUUGCGACCAAAGAAAAAAAUAAAUUCUUACUAGAGCUCCAUCUAGA